AUUUUGUUUGUGCGGAGAGAGUGGAGGCGGCACGAGCGACCGAAAAAAAAGCCACUCGAGCGCCGACCAUUGCGACUCUGAGCGCCGCUGGCAGCGAAGCGGCUCCGUCCUCACGGAUCCACACCGGUUAAAACACAGACCGAGUGAUUAACGAAAGAAGACGGAGGGAUAUUAUAGAUUCUCCCGAGUAAAAAUCAAAGAACGGACUGGGUUAUCCUUUCUUUUUCUUUUUUUGAAACGAAGCGGAAGAGGGCAAUACAUUUAAACGAAGGGAAGCCCAUCAGGGUAAAAGGGAAAUAACAGCAGAAAAAAACUCUUCGUCUCGAAGUGGGAAAAAUCGGUGAAAUUGCAUCGCCGGUUGCCGGUGGACUACACUGAAAUUGGGGAAAAUAGCAGGAACUGUGCAGGCGAAGAGAGACAUUUAUAAGGGAUGAACGCGCAGGGGGGUUCACAGCAUCACAAAGCCUGUGAAAGGGGUCUGAGGACCCCCAGAUUUUGGGGGGUGCAGCUGGCAAUAUCGCCCGGAUCGGCAGAUGCUUCAGACCCGAAAUAUUACUAAAGCCCAUCUCGAUUCAGUUUAUUCUGUUUUCUAUCCCACUGCUGGUGGAUCGUCAUGCAGUGACAAAUCCUUCUAUUUGCUUGAUUUUUUUCAGUGCAUUUAAAUGCAUGCAUAUGCAUUGAUCAGAAAAUCUACAACUUCACUUAAUUCUCAUUUUUAGCCUGUGCAUACAAAAACUGCACGAUUGCAAGAAAACAUCCUCAACUGGGGACAUGUUCUGUGCAUUAGACAGCCACGUUUGAAAACAUUUAUUUGCAUUUUGCAUGCAUGAGCCUAUCAAAAAUAUGGACUGUACAGUGUGCGCAGUGCAGAGUGGUCGUGCGCUCUUGAAGAAAUGGUCAGUGGUUUUCUGCAAACAGUUUUAACCCCCCCUGCGCUCGUGCACUGGACACAUUCACGCAGAGGGCGCACGAGCCAUAUUCAGACGUGAAUGCACGCGUGCACGAACGCAAUAUACUGUUUAACUCGUCACUUUUCACUCAGAAGAGUUGUUGCAAAAUACUAAAACCUUGGACAUGAAAUAUGCAAGUUGUUUGUGAUAACCUAAAGUGUUAACUCGCUUGAAAACUCAUUUCAGCUCUUUCGUGCACAUUUCACACAAGUGUUUGCACCAUUGUUAUUUAUUCUGCAAAGAGUUUGUGCACAAGAUUUAAUCGGGACUAUUUCAAGGAUGAAAGGAUACAUUAACGUUGACAUGCAUACGAUUGCUUAAAUCUAAGAACAGUCCUUUGCAAUGCAUUUAUUGUCAUCUACCCCAUCUUCAUUAUUUGAGAGGAAAUAAAGACAGUGAAGGAGAUUAAUACGUUUAUAUCUAUUUUAAGGAGUCUGAUGGACUUUUAAUCUUCCUUCCUUUUAGUAAAAGUGAUGCUCGGUGACAAAUGAACAUACUACAACGCAAAGAGGCGUAAUGCUGAAUCUUAUUGUUUUCUCAUAAACAUUGCAUGAAGACACACGGUCACACCGGAGAGGGUUCUUGUGGCUUUUCCUCAUCGUCUCGCACACAACGCCUUAAAGAAAGCCCAACACUUCAGUUCGCCGCCGACAAUGGCGGAAAAGACGGACGCAAGCAGCGAGGAUAAAUCUUGGGAAUAUUGCUCAGUCGCCGAGGAAGCUACGUGAGUUUGCGGCGAGCUUGCAUGACCGCCUGUCCCUCCCUUCGCCAACAUACUUUGAGGAACUAAAGAGAAACAAAAUCGAACAAGACAGAAAGAAAGGAGGACUGAAUAUCGAAUUGAGAGAAUUUUUGUGGACUAGUCUGGCAUUGCACGCAUCGUCCCAUGAAAGGGAAACGGGAUUCCGUCCGGAGCUCGUGAACGUUUUCACAUCGGCUCGAGACUCAACGGGAAGGGCUAUCCUACGAGGGAUAUAUGCUUGAACAUUAACAUUGCAGGAAAACUAUGGCCGAUAAUGUGCUGGACUCCGGUCCGCCUACAGCUAAGAGGCCUAAAUUGUCUUCCCCAGCUCUGUCGGUCUCCGCGAGCGAUGGAAACGAUUUUGGCUCUCUGUUCGACCUGGAGCAUGACCUCCCUGAUGAACUUAUUAACUCCUCCGACCUGGGCCUUCCUAAUGGCAUGGACCAGUUGCACACCAGUCUGGGUGGAGGAGGGAUGUCAGUACCCCUUGGCUGCUCAGCCCAGGACACUGCAGCCAAACACAAGCACCUCUCUGAGCUCCUCCGCCCUUGUGGCCCUCCGUCCACCUCCACGGUCACCAGUGGCCCUGGAAACGCGCCCUCCCUGGGGAUGAUGGGAGGACUGGGUGGCAGCACUGUCGCCCAGGGACUGGGUGGUCCACAGCAGCAGUCUGGCAUGAUGCCACAGCCUGGCAUGGUAAGCAUGAACCGGGGCAUGAUGGGAGUCCAGAAAGGAAAUGGACAGCCGCAAAGCAUGAUGGGAGGGCAGGUGAUGAACGGUGCGCCCAGAAUGGGCUAUGCCAAUGUGAACAUGAACGCAGGCAUGGCUGGUAAUGGUAACAUGCUUCCGGAUUCCCUGCAGCAGCAGAACGUGGGCCAGCAGAUGGCACAGGCGGCAUUGAGACCUCAGCAACCAGGAGCAGUAAACAAGAUGGGAAUAAUUGGUGCUCCAGGCCCCUACAGCAGUUCGUACGGUCCAUGUGGGGGUCAGUCUCCGGGGCCCCAGCUCCAAAAUAAAACAGCUCAACCCAACAGCAUUAACCAAUUCAACAUGGACAAGAAACCUCAACACGGGCAGAACAUGGGUGCCAUGCAGAGCUCAGGUGCGGUGGGCGGUGUAUCAGGGCCAGGCGGGGCAACAGCGCCCCCUGCAGCAGACCCCGAGAAACGUAAACUCAUCCAGCAGCAGCUAGUGCUGUUAUUGCACGCGCACAAGUGCCAUCGCAGGGAACAGACCAACGGAGAGGUGCGACAGUGCAACCUGCCCCACUGCAGAACCAUGAAGAACGUCCUCAAUCACAUGACACACUGUCAGGCUGGCAAAUCAUGCCAGGCGUGUGUGUGUUCCUAUGCAGUGGCUCACUGCGCCUCCUCCAGGCAGAUCAUCUCUCAUUGGAAGAACUGCACGCGGCACGACUGUCCCGUCUGCCUGCCGCUCAAGAGCGCCGGCGACAAAAGGAACCAGCAAUCCCUUUUGGGAGGAGCUGGUAUGGGUAUGGGUGGUCCGUUAGGGGGGUCGUUGCCUGGUGGCCAGCCUUCAGCCCCAAACCUGAACCCGCCUAGUCAGAUAGACCCAAGCUCCAUCGAAAGGGCGUACGCUGCGCUCGGACUCACCUACCAGGGCAACCAAGCAACCAAUCAGAAUCAGCAGAGCUCUGUACCCACUCAACCUGGCAUGAAGACACUCAACAACAUGGCAGGUGGGAAUCCAAUGGGAGUGAAUGGUGGAGUCAGCACACAGAUGUCAAACCAGCAUCCUGGAAUGCUGCCAGAUGGCAUGAUGCACAGAAAUAUGACUGCACAGAGUCUGAUGAAUGACAGCUCAGGUGUUGGUAAUAUGGCUUCUGCAGCGACAGCCACUCCCCCUUCUGCAGGAAUGAGGAAGAACUGGCACGAAGACAUCACACAAGACCUCCGCAAUCACCUCGUACACAAACUUGUGCAGGCUAUCUUUCCCACUCCAGACCCUGCAGCACUGAAGGAUCGGCGGAUGGAGAAUCUUGUAGCUUAUGCACGCAAGGUGGAGGGCGACAUGUACGAAUCUGCCAACAGCAGGGCGGAGUAUUACCACUUGUUGGCAGAGAAGAUCUAUAAGAUUCAGAAAGAGCUGGAGGAGAAGAGGAGAACCAGACUGCAGAAGCAGGGCAUGAUGCCGGCCCAACCCGGCAUGCCCAACAGUGCCCUACCUCAAGCCCUACCAGCCGGCAUGAAUCAGGCACAGCUGCCCAAUGGUCCCCAUUCUGAUCCAUCCCUCGUUCAAGCCACUGGACCAAACCAGAUGGUCAACAGAAUGCAGAAUCCUGCUGGUAUAAAUCAGUUUGCUCAGGUGGGGAUGCAGCAGCCAAUGGGUCAAAGAGUAACGCCGCCCCUGCCAGUGGGAGCAAAUCUCAAUCAGAUGGGUAUGCAGGGAGCACCUCGAAUGGCUCAACCCAAUGUAACCCAGUUACAAAACCAGUACAUGCAGAACCAGUUUCCAGGCACAGGUGCUGGACUGGGCCAGGGUGCGGCUGGCCUGAAUCAGCCUGCAAGGCAGGGAGCCAUGCCGCAGAAUCAGAUGUCCACUCCGCCGUCUCUGGGAGUCGGUAGUCCUAUAGCUCAGUCCCAGUCAGUUGUCUUGAGCCCUGGAGCUGCUGUAGGCCCUCAAGGGCCUCCGUCCAACAUCCCUCCACCUGCUCAACAGUCGGGCUUGCACGCACACUGUCCUCCAUUACGUCAAAACUCCCCUUCUCCUGUACGCAGCCGCACCCCUACCCCUGCCCCGCACUUAACGCCCCCGCAGUUGCCGGGAAACCAGACCCCCCAACCCCACACCCCCACUUCUUCAUCCUCUAUGGCCCCACCUGCUACACAGCUGCCCUCCAUGGCACAGGGGGUGGGCUCAGAAAAAGCCAGUCCGCUGCAGCAGUCGCCGCGUGGGGGCGGAGCCACCGGAGGCCCCCAUACGGGGCUAGCGUCAACUGUGCCUUCCCAGAAUGCCCACGGGCUUUGUGCACACCCACACUCUCCACUAUCUCAGAAAUCAUCUCUGACUGCAGACGGUCAGGCAUCGACCCCUGCCUCAGUCAGCAGUGCCAACCCUGGCUCACAUCUAACAUCAUCUGACCCCACCGCUUCACUUGACCCCAAAACUGAGGUCAAGGAAGAAGAGGAUGACCAUGAGACAGAGGAAAGGGCCUCAGGGAAAAUGGCUGCCAUGGAGAGCGAAAUUAAGACAGAGCAGAAACCAGAGGAAGAGGAGUCUGGAGGUGAUGAAUGUAAGACUGAGCCAAUGGAAACAUCGACCGGGUCGACAGAAGAAGACAAGAAACCGGAGGUGAAGACCGAGCCAAAUGAGGAAGAGGUGGCAGGGGGACCGAACAGCACCCCAGCAAACACACAAAGCAAGAAGAAAGUCUUUAAGCCCGACGAACUCCGCCAAGCAUUAAUGCCCACUCUGGAAGCUCUGUACAGACAGGAUCCCGAGUCGCUGCCCUUCCGGCAGCCAGUGGACCCCCAGUUACUGGGAAUACCCGUACGUAUUCGAACUAGUAACAAAACUAACCUGGACUACUUUGACAUAGUAAAGAGCCCGAUGGACUUGUCCACUAUCAAGCGUAAGCUGGACACGGGUCAGUACCAGGAGCCCUGGCAGUACGUGGAUGACGUGUGGCUGAUGCUCAAUAACGCUUGGCUGUACAACAGGAAGACGUCGCGGGUGUAUAAAUACUGCUCCAAACUAGCAGAGGUGUUUGAACAGGAAAUCGACCCUGUUAUGCAGGAACUGGGGUAUUGCUGUGGAAGGAAGUUGGAGUUUUCUCCCCAGACUCUCUGCUGUUAUGGCAAACAGCUGUGUACUAUCCCUCGAGAUGCUGCAUACUUCAGCUACCAGAACAGGUACCACUUCUGCGAGAAGUGCUUCAACGAAAUCCAGGGCGAGAACAUAUCCCUGGGAGAUGAUCCCUCCCAGCCUCAAACGUCCAUAAAUAAAGAUCAGUUUCAGAAGAAAAAGAAUGACACCCUUGACCCUGAACUACUCCUGGAAUGUUCCGACUGCGGACGAAAAAUGCAUCAGAUAUGUGUUCUGCACAAUGAGACGAUAUGGCCGUCGGGCUUCGUGUGUGACGGCUGUCUGAAAAAAGCCAAUGCAACGAGGAAAGAGAAUAAAUAUGCUGCAAAGAGGCUUCCUCAGACAAAGCUGGGUAGUUUCCUAGAGACACGAGUGAAUGAGUUCCUCAAGCGCCACAGUCAUCCAGAAAUCGGUGACGUCACCAUCCGUGUGGUGCACAUCUCUGAUAAGGUGGUGGAGGUCAAACCUGGAAUGAAGUCCAGGUUUGUAGACAGCGGCGAGAUGUCUGAGUCGUUCCCGUACAGGACAAAAGCUCUGUUUGCAUUUGAGGAUAUCGAUGGAACAGAUGUCUGUUUCUUUGGAAUGCAUGUGCAGGAAUAUGGCUCUGACUGCCCUCCGCCCAAUCAAAGACGUGUGUACAUCUCCUACUUAGACAGUGUGCACUUUUUCCAGCCCCGUCACCUGAGAACGGGAGUCUAUCAUGAGAUCCUCAUUGGAUACCUGGAGUAUGUUAAAAAAAUGGGCUUUGUCACUGGCCAUAUAUGGGCUUGCCCACCGAGUGAAGGUGACGACUACAUCUUUCACUGCCACCCAUCGGACCAAAAGAUUCCCAAACCCAAACGCUUACAAGAGUGGUACAAGAAAAUGCUUGACAAAGCAGUUGCUGAAAGAAUUAUACAUGACUACAAGGACAUUUUUAAGCAGGCAACAGAGGAUCGCCUGACCAGUGCGAAGGAGCUCCCAUAUUUUGAGGGUGAUUUUUGGCCUAAUGUGUUGGAGGAGAGCAUUAAAGAGCUAGAACAGGAAGAGGAAGAACGGAAGAGAGAAGAAAACAACACCUCUAGUGAAAGCAUUGAUGCGACCAGUGGUGACAGCAAGAAUGCCAAAAAGAAGAACAGCAAGAAGACUAGCAAGAACAAGAGUAGCUUAAGCCGAGCCAAUAAAAAGAAACCAGGCAUGCCAAAUGUCUCCAAUGAUCUGUCACAGAAACUCUAUGCCACCAUGGAGAAACACAAAGAGGUCUUUUUUGUCAUCCGUCUCAUCGCUGGCCCUACGGUCAAUUCCCUUCCGCCAAUUUUGGACCCUGACCUCCUGAUGGCCUGUGAUCUGAUGGAUGGGCGAGACGCUUUCCUAACACUGGCUCGAGACAAGCACCUGGAAUUCAGCUCGCUGCGGCGGGCGAAAUGGAGCUCCAUGUGUAUGCUAGUAGAACUGCACAAUCAGAGCCAGGACCGCUUCGUCUACACUUGUAAUGAAUGCAAGCACCAUGUCGAGACAAGGUUCCACUGCACCGUUUGUGAGGAUUAUGAUCUCUGUAUCACUUGCUACAACACUAAAGGCCAUGAGCACAAGAUGGAAAAACUAGGUCUGGGUCUUGAUGACGAAAGCAGCAAUCAAGCCGCAGCCUCCACUCAGAACCCUGGCGACUCGCGACGUCUCAGCAUUCAGCGCUGCAUCCAGUCACUAGUGCAUGCAUGCCAGUGCCGCAAUGCCAACUGCUCUCUGCCAUCCUGCCAGAAGAUGAAGAGAGUGGUACAACACACCAAGGGCUGCAAGCGCAAGACAAAUGGUGGCUGUCCCAUCUGCAAGCAACUCAUUGCACUAUGCUGCUAUCAUGCCAAGCACUGCCAAGAAAACAAGUGUCCUGUGCCCUUCUGUCUCAACAUCAAGCACAAGCUUCGUCAGCAGCAGUUGCAGCACAGGCUGCAGCAAGCGCAAAUGCUGCGUAGACGUAUGGCCACCAUGCAGCGAGCAGGGCAACCACCUCCAUGUGGAAGUGGGCCUCCUGGAGGUCUUCCAUCACCAGGAAACAACGGAGCCACAGGUCCUAGCACUCCUACAUCGGUUGGUACACAGCCUCCAACCCCUCAGACACCCACACAGCUGACACCCAACCAUCCAUCUAUGCCACAGCCUGGUGUAGGAGGAGUCCCAGCUGGAGUGCCUCAGCAGCCCCCACAGCAUCCUGUCCACCAGUUUCAGCAGAUGGGAGGUCCAAGCGGAAUGAUGGCCUCACCGCAACAGCAAAUGGUUCCUCAGCAACAGACAGGACAACUGCUGCAGCCACACAAUCAAUAUGGUCCACGUCCCACAUGUCCUUCUCCCAGUUCACAGUCCCAGGGCAAACCAGGCCUUGGCCCUGCAACUCCUCCGCAACUUCCCAGCAACCAAGGCACAGCUCCUAUGUCUCAGCAACAGCAACCUACAGGUCCUCCGCCUGCAGCUGUGGAGAUUGCCAUGAAGAUCCAGCAAGUGGCAGAUGCACAGCGAAAGAUGGCACAGGUUCAGUUGCUACAACGACAGGCUGCACAAGCUGGCAUGAUGCCACAGCACCCGCACCAUCAGCAGCCGCAGGGACAGAUGGCAGUAGCCCAUCCUGGGAUGGGCAUGGUAGGGGUGCAAGGGUUUUGCCCACCGACACAACCAUCGGUGAACCGGGCGCAGAUGGAACAGCAGCAAGGACCUCAGGGAAUGAUGGUGGGAGCUGGGCCCAUGCAGCAGCAGCCUCAACAGGCAGGUGUGCAAGGCCAGAUGCCACCACAAAUGCAGCUACAGCAGCAGAGAAUUAACCCAUCACUCCAGCCUCAGCAGCAACAGUGGACAGGGCAAGGCUUACCACCCCAGCAGAGGCCUGCAAUGAUAGGUCAGCCAGGAAUGGUUGCAAUGCAUCCCCAAUCACAACAGCAACAACCACAACCAAUGCAACAGCAGCAACCACAAAUACUGAAUCGAAAUGCCUUGAUGAGUAUGGUGCAGGCUGGUCUGCAGAGUGGUGUAGCAAGCGGGGCAGCAGGGAGCAAUCUUCCACAGGGAGCCUUGCAGGAACUUUUGCGGACCCUGCGAUCUCCCAGUUCUCCUCUCCAGCAGCAGCAAGUCCUCAAUAUUCUUCGCUCUAACCCACAACUUAUGGCAGCAUUUAUCAAGCAACGGGUUCACAAGUAUAAAGGAGGCCCUGGUGGCCCUGCUGGACCACAGGGAGGGCCAACACCUAUGGGAGGCCAACCAGUGGGUGUCAAUCCUGGUGCGCCUCAGCCUGGCAUGCACCUUGGACAGGAUGUUAACAUGCAGAACCAACUUUCUCAGCUUCAACAGCAGCAGCAAAUGCAACAGCAGCAGCAAAUGCAACAGCAGAAGCAGAUUCAACAGCGGCCCCUUUUGCAGCAGCAGCAGCAAGUUGCUUCCUUACAGCAGCAGCAACAGCAAGGAAUGCAUAGCCAGGGUCCUCCAAACAUGGCCAACAUAAACCCACAGUUCAGAGAACUUGUAAUGAGACAGCAGCAGCUACUACAAUUUCAGCAGCAGCAGCAACAACAGCAUCAGAUGGGCAGUCAUGCUGGAUUUCAGCAGCAGCAAGGUUACAUGGGUCAGCAGGGAGUCCCCCCAGGAGGCCAGUCACUACCAGGGGUGCAACCUGGCCCGCAGCAGAACUUUCCAGGCAACCCUGCGCAACAGCAGGCUGCAGCUGCUUUGCAACAGAGGCUUCAACAGCAACACCAGCUUCAGAUGCAGCAGAAUACGGCAUCACAAGGUCCCGACAUGGUCCCUGGAGGAAUUGGUCCACAGCCCACGCAGGGAGGCCCUGGGCCUCAGACGACACAGGCAUUAUUGCAGCAGGCCUUGCAUCAGCGUAUGCUUCAACAACAGCAACACCUCAGUGGCACCUCACCGGCGCAACAGAACAACCCCAUGAGCCCGCAGCAACAGAUUUCUCAGUCACCCCACCUGCAGGGCCAACAACUCCAGUCCUCACUCAGCAACCAGGUCUGUUCACCUCAGCCCUCCCCGCGACCCCAAUCCCAGCCACCACACUCGAGUCCAUCCCCACGACUCCAACCACAGCCCUCGCCCCACCACAUCUCACCUCAGACAAGUUCUCCGCAUCCCAGCCACCUACAGCAGCACCACUCGGGCAUGGCUCCACCGCCUCCACCUCCCCAACAGCCACAGCACAACUCUAAAGACCCAGGCGGGUUUGGUGCAGAUCAGAACGCCAUGCUGUCUCAGCUCAGCAGCAUGGCGGGACUCCACGGACCAGGAGCUAAUGAUAUGCUGCCCUCUAGUGGCCAGAAACUUGGCAUUAACAUGAAUCAUAACCAUUUAGACAUAUAGUUAUUACACAAAUCACAAAACCUCAUCAGAGACAGUGUUAGCUUUUUUAUACUACAGGGAUUAAUUAUUUAGUGUUUUUCAGUAUACAUUCUUUGAAAAUGGACUCUCCUUUGUGAGACAAUUAUUAAACACAAUUAAGUAUGGGGGAUGAAAGAAUAGCAGUUUUUUUUCUUUUGCCAAUUGUGUACAAAGAAAGAAUUGUUUCUCAGAUUCAGAGAACAAUCCACAAGUAAUAUUUUCGAUGUCAGGUCCAUGGGAGUACUUGCCUUUUUCAAGAGAGAUUUUUUUAAGAUUUUAAAAGUGUUAUAAAGUUAAUGGGUGAAUGAUUAAAUGCUAUGGACUUUUUUACAUACUAUUUCAUAAUGUACCAAUCUCUGUUAUGUGUUUUACAGAGUGAUGUAGAACAUUUUAAAUCUUGUUGUGAUGCCUAUAUUGUUAUUAUAAUUAUUCAUCAAAACAUGCAUAUCUUUCUUGUAAAUUGAGUUUUGCAUUUUAUUUAUUCUAGCUUUUUCGUUUGUCAUCAUGAUGGAUUUUGUUCAUGUGUUCCCAGAGACUGCUACAGUUCACAUAGAAUAUAUUUUUGUUAAUACCUAUUAAAUUUGGGAUCUAUUCCUUUACUUAAGCUGGAGAUUUAGGUUAUUAAGUAUAAUAUAAAUGACAGUUUUGGGGGAUUGUUUUGAAGUGUGCACUCUGCUGCCCAAUGGAUCUUAUUUCAUGCCAUAUUGGAAAUGCCUAACCAUUGGACAUCACAGAUUUUGAAACCUGACAAGUUCUUGGACGCACACACUCGCCCUCAGAAUGUGUGUACACUCCUUAUAAAACUCAAUUGAUAGUGGAGGUGUAUCUGUACAGGUUGGAUGAGAGAAAGAUUUGUUUAUGUGCGAGUGCGUGCGCAUGUAUGUGUGUGUUGGAUGCGGUGCUGAAGUUUAUCUUUUCAUGCCAAUGUCUCAUUGAGCAGCAUUUCACACAUGAACUAUGUCUGUGAAACAAUUGAGAAGGAGAGCGUGCCACUGAUUUUACUGUUUUUGUCCUUCUCUCUCCAGUUCUGCUCCUAAUUGUCCUCCACUUACAGAUUUUGGUUUGCUCUGAACUUUGGGAGUUUCAGUUUAAUAUUUUGUACUGUACAAAGGAAACAAACUGUGGACUUGAUACUUUUUUUUUUUUGUUUGUUAAUAAAAUGAGGAUAAUA